AUGGCAAGCGGCAGUCAAGGAGUCAAUGUCCCAGACAUGAUCAAUGAAUUGAUCACAAAGAAUAAAGUUAUGGUGUUUAGCAAAUCUUAUUGUCCGUAUUGCCUCGAAGCCAAGGACUUGCUUAGGGAGCUGAACAUUGCAUACAAAGCGAUCGAGUUGGACCAAGAUCCAUUAGGUUAUGUGAUUCAGCAAACACUGGCUGAUAUGACAGGACAAUGGACCGUACCCAACAUUUUUAUCAAUGCAACAUCUAUUGGCGGGUAUGAUGAUCUUGACGCAUUGCACAUCAAAGGAACAUUACAAGAAAUGGUAGCAGCAGCAGAAUAG